CUAAGUUUACUGCAAUCUCUGCACGGGGGGAGGGAGAGAAAGGGAGAAAGAGACAGAGAUUACCAACAUGACAGCAGGUAGAGAGUUUAGGGCAAGACUCCUUCCAGCUUCAACAACUGGUUUUGUCCUGUGAUGUGUGUAGCUGUGGACAGUGCGAUAAACCCACAAGCUCAGUGAAAGCAGCCAAAGGAAUUUGUGCAACACAGGAAAAAUCGAGCAUGAUGAAGAAUGAAGAAAUGAGUUUCAAUGUGGACAGUACUGCAGCCUCUUCCUUCUCUCGCUGCCUGCAGCCACUAAGCCCUGUUACAAAGCCACAGAGAACAACUCCAUUUGGUGAAGAAUUCAGAUCGCACCUCUCACAUUUCCACUAUGGCCCUCCUCCUCUUGGAGACAUGGAAACAUUUCAGGGGUCCUUGGAAGGAGGUUCUCGGAAACGUAAGAGCAUGCCAACAAAAAUGCCGCCUUCCAUUGCCCUUGAGGGUUCUUCAUCACCACCAGACAGACCUGAAGACCACAGUGAUAUAGGCUCUUCUAGUCUCUCCUUGGUGUUCCAACAGCCAGCACAGCCCAAGUACAGUUCCCAGAUGAUCGACCUCUGCAACUUUGGGUUUCAGUUCUACAGAACUCUGGAGCACUUUGGAGCCAAGCCCAUUAAGCAAGAAUCAGUGAAGCCUAAUGUGGCAUGGCCCAGUAGCCCAGGUUUCAUGCAGGCUCCUUACCCUUAUUAUCCUAAAGUCCACCCUGGCUUAAUGUUUCCUUUUAUUGUGCCGCCAAACUUUCAUUUCAGGAACCCCUUUCAAAUGAAAAGACCUCCAGAGCCACCCUUCAGGAGAGCUGAAGUAAGAGAAAGUGGUGAAAAUAAACAGAAAGUGGAACGAGUAGAUGUCAACCUUCAGAUAGAUGACAGUUACUAUGUUGAUGUUGGGGGUGAACAGAAACGCUGGCAAUGUCCCAUGUGUGAGAAGUCCUACACAUCCAAGUACAACCUGGUCACCCAUAUCUUGGGGCACAGUGGCAUUAAGCCCCAUGCUUGCACCCGAUGUGGCAAGCUUUUCAAGCAGCUGAGUCACUUGCACACACAUAUGUUGACACACCAGGGCACUCGGCCACAUAAGUGCCAGGUGUGUCACAAGGCUUUCACUCAAACCAGCCACCUCAAGAGACACAUGAUGCAACACAGCGACAUCAAGCCUUACAACUGCAGAAUCUGUGGCAGGGGUUUUGCCUACCCCAGUGAGCUGAAAGCACAUGAGUCUAAGCACGAGAGUGGCAGAGAGAACAUUUGUGUGGAGUGUGGUCUGGACUUCCCAACCCUGGCUCAGCUGAAGAGGCACCUCACAACCCACCGUGGCCCUAUACAAUACAACUGCACUGAAUGCGAUAAGACAUUCCAGUACCCAAGUCAGCUGCAAAAUCACAUGAUGAAGCACAAAGACAUCCGCCCAUAUAUCUGCACUGAGUGUGGCAUGGAGUUUGUGCAGCCCCACCAUCUCAAACAACACUCCCUAACUCACAAGGGUGUGAAAGAACACAAAUGUGGAAUUUGCGGCCGGGAAUUUACUCUGCUGGCCAACAUGAAGCGACAUGUCCUGAUCCACACCAACAUCAGAGCCUAUCAAUGCCAUCUGUGCUUCAAGAGCUUUGUGCAGAAGCAGACUCUCAAGGCCCACAUGAUUGUUCACUCUGAUGUCAAACCUUUUAAAUGCAAGCUUUGUGGAAAAGAAUUUAACAGAAUGCACAAUCUAAUGGGACACAUGCACUUGCACUCAGACAGUAAGCCUUUCAAGUGCCUCUACUGUCCCAGCAAAUUCACCUUGAAGGGGAACCUAACCAGGCACAUGAAAGUCAAACAUGGGGUUAUGGAACGAGGAUUUCAUUCUCAAGGUUUUGGAAGAGGAAGAAUUGCUCUGUCCCAGACAAAUGUCUUAAGAAGCUUGGAACAGGAAGAGCCCUUUGAUCUUUCCCAGAAAAGUCAAGGGAAGGGAAUCUCAUUUCAUUCAGAUGGCGAGAGUGCCAAGGGAAGCUCAUGCCAGGAAGAAGAGGAAGACAACUGCUAUGAGGCAGAGGGAUACACCCCUGCCAUGUACCACCAGGAUGACAAUAAGCUAUACACGGCUCAGGAUCUGUCUGGCAAACCUGAGUGCAUGAUGAAGGACUUCAGAGAGUCCUACUGCAAUGAGAAAGAAGAAGUGCAAAGUGAGGGACGACUGGAGAAUAGAAUAGGGAGCUCAGACAAGCAGGAGAGCCAAGGAGAGAGAGACCUUGCAGAGGACAAAGAACACCUCAGCUUUAAAUCCUUUGAAAAGGCAAGGCUUGGCCACUCUCUCUCUGAUUACUUGUAUUUCAAGCACAGGAACAAGAGCUUGAAAGAAUUGCUGGAAAGAAAAGUUGAAAAACAAGCAAUGCUUAUAGGCAUUUAAGAUGGACAUUUUAAAAAAUCUGGAAAAUGGGAACUAGAUAGCUUUUAACAUGAACUGUAAUUUGUCAAUACCUGGAAUUUUGUAGGAGUCUUUAGAAACAAACAAGCCAAUGAAUAAAAAUAAUUUAAGGUAAAACACACAUAUUAAAACUAUAAAGCAGUUCAAGGUCACAAAGAAAUGCAAUAGAUAUUGAAAAAUAACGUUUUAAUACUUACCCAUUUUAUGUUUAAUCAGACAGUGGGGUAGGUAAAGAAGCUUAUUUUUCCUUUAUCUGGGAUGGUAGAGACAUAUGCAAUUUUCUAGUUAUUAAAAAGCAACAUAUUCUAGCAUUUGAUUUAUUAUCUGACUAAACAUACGAAGAAUUCUAACUAUAAAAGUCAGAAAAAAAGUAAUCUCAGUGCUAAGUAUUUCACAGUGUAAGUAAGAGUACUGUUAAACAUGAUGCACAUGAAAGUGUUGUCAUUCUCAGAACUAACACAGUCCAAAUACUUCCACCUAGUGAAGUGACAGUUCAACCACUUACGAUGAGAAAUGGGAAAGAAAUUAAGAAGAAAUAGUAAUGUUUUGUGAUAUGGUGAAGGGCAGCUCUGUAAGGACUGGAAUUUAUUACAGUCACAGAAGCUUUUUCUCUGGCACAAGGAAUGUUUGUGCUUUGCUCUUUCAGUCAGUAUGGGAGUAUUCAUCAAUUCUUCAAGUGAAGUAGCAUGGACUGUGCUGACAUGUUGUUCUACUGUCUGCUCAGACCAACAUAUAAUGAACAGCAGCAGCAUGUAGCAUUUGCAAGUUUUGCUGUAAUUACACAUAAAGCAAUAUGAGUAAUCUAGUAGAGAAAAUGGUGCAAUUUUGCCAUUUAUCUCUUCAGUUUGUCUUGGCUAGCAAGGCUGAUUUUGAAAUAGACAGGUCUGAGCAGAUUUUAUUUUAGAAGAUAUGGCAAAAAAAAAAAAAAAAGAGCCCUUAUAGGGAAAGCAGCACAUCACAGAGGAAAAUUGUUUUUGUAUUUCCUCUUUACCAAGUAAGAAAUUUUUCCUUUAUCAACACGGUUUGACCAGUAACCUCCAGGCCUUUCAGAAGAAUUCCACUCAUGCUGUUUUUACUGAGUCAUUCACAACUUUUCAUUCUUUUGAUUCUCAUAACAGAUGCUAAGAAACCACAAUUCCCUUAAGCACAUUCCAUUAAUUGCAUGAAUAAUUUGAUCAGCCCAUUGAUUACUGCAUCUUCAAAGUAGACUACAAACAGCCCCACUCCACCCUAUUGCUUAUAAGGAAAUAAAGAUUUAAUACGUCA